AUGAAUAAUCAUAUAAAAGAAUAUUAUCAUUUUAAUACUUCAAUAAAUAAAUAUUCAUGUAAAAAAUGUGGAAAAUUUCUUAAAAUUUCAUCAACUAAUGAGAUGACAAAACAUGUUGUUAAAUGUUUCCAAAAAGAAAUUAAAGAAAUAAACGAUAGUGGAAUCAAUAACGAAAUAGCAUUACAUUAUGAUUUUGUAACUCAAUUUACCAAUGAUAAAACUCAUAAAAUUUUAAAAGAAUUUACAGUUGAUAAAGUUACUAAAAAUUUAAUUUGUAACAAAUGUAAUCAUGUUUAUCCACCAAAUUUACAAAUAUUUACCUUAAAAAAACAUUUUAUGGAUAUUCAUCCUAAUGACUGGAAUGAAAUUAAAAAAAACAAUAAGAAAAGAAAAAUAACCAUUAAAAAUAACAAUAAUGAAGAAAACAAAAUUAAAAAAUUAUUAAUUAAAUAUCAUCAGGAAUUAUUAGAAAUUAAGGACAAUGAAAUAAAAAAUUUAAAAGAACAAAUAAAUAAUGGUGAAUUAAAAUUAUUAGAUUUACUUAUAGAAAAGGUAAAAAAUCGAGAAACAUUUAUUAAUGAAUAUCAAGAAAUUAUUAAUUAA